AUGAGCGACGAACAUACCUACAAACUAAUCUACUUCAAUGCCCGUGGUCGUGCCGAACAUAUACGGUACAUAUUUGCAUAUACUGGCAUCGAGUAUACCGACGAGAGGAUCCCCGAAGAACUCUGGCCUGAAUACAAGGAUUCAAUGCCUUAUAAAAAGCUGCCUGUGCUGGAGAUAGACGGGAAACCGGUAGCGCAAAGUAACGCUGUGGCGCGAUACUUGGCGAGGAAGUACGAUCUAAUGGGAAAGGACGAAUGGGAUGCGAUGAUAUGCGACGAGCUCGUCGAUACUCUUGGAGAUUUGAAGCAAGAUAUCUGCUACUAUCGCAUGGAGGAGAAUCCUGAAAAGAAGGAAGCGAGGAAGAAUCAACUUUUGAACGAAACAAUACCAUUUUACUUGACUAAAUUCGACCAGAUUAUUGGCAAAAAUAAAGGAUAUAUCAUUCCUUCUACCACGACAUGGGCGGACUUCGUAUUUGCAGCGGCCCUUGAAAAUUACGAGUAUAUGUUUGGGGCACCAGCUUUGGAUAAAUAUCCAGCUCUUCGAGCAUUGAAGAAAAGGAUUCAUAGAAUACCGGCCAUUUCUGAUUGGCUGAUUAGGCGCCCAUUCACAAACAGCUGA